CACCUACAACCCGGCAUCAAAUCAAUCAAAACUGAUCAUAUUAAAGAUUUGUAAAUGCUACCACUCAAGUCUCAAGUGACUCAACAGCCUCAACUAAAAAUUACUAAAUUACUUGACUCACUCAUGACAGUCUUGCUUCUUGGCUUUUAUAUUGUUUGCUUCAAAUAUUUUAUAUUGAUUGCUUUCAUAUUGCUAUACAUUCAUUUCAAUUGCUUUUACAUUUUUGAAUACCUUUUUCAAGGUUUUAAGCUAGUUGUGACUUCUAACAAACACAAAUUACAAUGAACAAAGUUAAGUCUCUCUUCUUGCACAUUCCUUGCCAAAUUACAGAGUUAAAUUUAAAAAUUACAUUGCAAAAUGGGCAAUCAUUCAGAUGGAAGGAAGCAUCACCUGGUGUAUGGCGAGGCAUGAUAAGAGAUGAUGUAUGGAGUUUUUCGCAAGACAACACUACACUCUACUGUGUGCUGCACAAUCUCCGAGAUGAUGCUCAAAUACCUCCAAAUGUUGAUUCAAGAAAUGACUAUUUUGGAGCUGUUGGUGAAAAUGCUGUUGAGAGAGAAAAAUUAAAUGACAAUAAAAAAGUUAAACGUUUCAAGGCAAGUCAUCUAAGCAUCCAAAAAUCAUGUACUAAUUUCACUGAUUCCUAUGUGGAUGUGAAGAUUGAAUGUGAUGCCAUUAAAUCUGUUGAAAUUAAGCCAAAUGACAUAACAGCUGAAAACAGUCACAGUGAAGAUAACACAAUAGUUGCAUCAGUUUUAAACAAAAACAGAAAGAAUAAUUCUGCAAGCAAUGUAAGAAAAAAGUGUGUGAGAAGCUCUUUGGAGCAAAAAAUUGAUGUAAAGAACUUCAACACUGAUCAGAAGCCGAACCCUGUCAUGUGUAAACUUUUGAAAGCUGAAUGCUGUACUAACAUUGCAAGCAACACUCCAGCUACAACAGUUUCUCAUUACUUGAAAGUCAUUCAGAACUAUUUUCGUUUAGCAGUUGAUCUGAAUUUGGCUUACAAGGAUUGGUGUUCUAAAGAUGUACAUUUCCAAGCUGCAGCUCAGAAAUGCCCAGGUGUGCGGCUCCUUGACCAGCCACCAGUAGAGAAUGUCUUUUCGUUUAUCUGCUCCUCCAACAACAAUAUAAGCAGGAUCAGUGGAUUAGUGGAAAAGCUUUGUGUGGAGUUCGGCAGCCUGCAGUGCGAGGUGGACGGUCAGCAGUGGUUCAGUUUCCCUUCUAUUGAAGCGCUUGCUGCUGAAGGUGUUGAGCAGGUCUUGAGAAAAUUAGCAUUUGGUUACAGAGCAGCUUAUAUACACAAGUCAGCGCGAGUGUUGCUGUCGACCGGCGGUGAGGCUUGGCUGGCGGCUCUCAGGGACGCUCCUCUUAGUCACUGCCGAGCGCAGCUCCAGACGCUGCCUGGCGUUGGGCCCAAGGUGGCGGAUUGCAUCAGCCUGAUGUCUCUGAACAAGCUGGACAGCAUCCCCGUGGACACGCACGUGUUCCAGAUAGCAGCGCGCCUCUACCUGCCUGCCUUGCGCUCCACCAAGAGCGUCACCGAGCGCGUGUACCGCACCGUGGCCGCACACUUCCAGACCCUCUACGGCCCCCACGCUGGCUGGGCUCAUUCCGUACUCUUCAGUGCUGACUUGAAGAAGUUUGCAUCCUAGCGCAGCAGAAACGCAACAUGACCCGGAAAUUGGAUUUGAUCCUCAUUGCUAGCCGCAAUGGUAAAUUGAGACACUGAAAAGGAGAGUAGAAAUUCACAAUAAUAAUGUAUUAGUUGAUUCAGUUUAUUAGCAAAUUCCAUAUUUUAGUCGAGGUCAAAUGUGUGCCGUGAAAAGUACCUUGAAACCUUCUCGCAGAAGUGAUUGAUCUUGAGCUUAGGAAUUUGUUCUUAAAGAUUGAUUGCAUGAUUACAUCAUCGACAUUAUUUGUGCCGCUAAUUGAAGAGUGCUAUGCAGGACUUGCAGUGAUUUUGCGAACAACGUAAGGACUUAACACUACUAGAUUUUUUUUACUGUAAGAAGUAGUCGAUACCAUAGGAUUUAGCAAGGAAAUAAAUACUUGGUGCAGGUGAUGGAGAUGAUAUAUAAUCAUUGUAUACUUCUAUUAAAUAUGUUUUGCAGA